AUGUCUAAUGUACAUCAAAUUCUCUUAAUUCUCAUAUGCGAGGUUAAAGAUGAUAAGGAACAAAAGAAGUUGCUGGUCGAACUUGAAGAUUUAGAGAAUGAGAAAAUUAAGGUACUCCUAUGGGACACCCAUGCUCAACAAGUUCUAGACUACUUGGGACCUGAAAAUAAAACCGAUGUGGUACUCAUUGUCCAGUUUGUGAAAUGUGGUACAUGGAAUGGUCAAUUGUCCAUCACCACCUCAAAACUUAAUGGCAAAAUCUAUCUCGACAAUGAUAUGGAUAUAAUUCGAGAUUUCAAACUCAGGAUGGAUAAUGUUAAUAACCAACAUGACACUGGAAAGUCAUUGUCCCUACUAUCCACAAUGACAUCCUAUGGAACUCUUGAGUCCUUCAUGAAAGAUGCUGAAUUGAUUACUGUUGAUGGCAUCAAGAAUGUUGGGGAGGCUUGUCAUUGUGUUACUGUGGGUAAAAUUGUUGACAUAAUUCAAGAUGAUGAUUGUUUCUAUGUUGCUUACAAGAAGUGCAAUAGAAAGGUUGAUUUUGAUGUCAUAAAAUCUGAUGGUCCUAUAGCGGAUGGCCAAUUUUCUACUGGACAGUUUAACUGUCCUCGCUGUCCGACCAACAAAAUUGUAGCUUUUCCAAGAUUCAAAGUUCAAAUCAUUGUUGUUGAUUCAACUGGAAUUAUGAUUGUAACAAUCUUUGAUAAAGAUAUGUUUCGCCUCAUUGGAAAAAGUGCCUAUCAGUUGAGAGAAAAGUAUGGGAAUGUAGAAACAUUUCCUCCUGAGGUGAUGAGCCUGAUUGGCAAAACCCUACUAUUCAGGGUUUCUGUCAACAAGUUCAAUGUGGUGCAUAAUUCCCACAUGUAUACUGCAGUGCGUGUUGUUGAUGAUGAAAAAUGGCUAAAGAAGUACAAGACAAUUACCAACCCUAAACAGGGAACUAUCUCUUCCAAUGAUGGAGAGGUCCUAGGCUCUCAACCAGAUCCAAACAUGGCAAAUAGUCCACUUGUUCGUACCAGCCUGGUUGAUGAUAAAGAAAAUGAUCCAGAUGUCAACAAAAAGGUGGUCAAUGAUGAACAAUAUAGCACACCAGAGAAAUUUGUGGCUCAUGAUGAAGAAGACAAUCCACAAGCCAAGGAAAAUGAGGUUGAUAUUCAAGAACUUGGAGCACCAAGUGUGGCGUCAACUUUGCCGAAGAGAAAGAGUGUUAUGAAGACAGAGAAAGUGUUCAAGAGAAAGUCUGCAGUGUAG